GAUUUUCUGAAUUCGGACAUUGUGACAAUUAACCACACUAAGCAUCACAGGGAGCGUUACGAAACGUGGAAGACUGAAUGCCAAACUAUGGUGCCCGUCAUCGGGAGUGGAAAGUUCAUUACAACACCAAUUAUCACCGAUGAUGGCCAACCGGUAGAACUUGAAGGUGAACCCGUGAUCAGUUCUGUUCCAGACAAGAAAGUUGCUCAGUGGAUGUAUUUCUUGCAUCAAAUCGGUUUGGAUGUCAUUCGAACCGAUUCAUCACUUGCCUUUUACGAGUCCGAAACUAAUCAGGCAAAACUUAGGGAUAUUCUCGCUGUAUAUUCAUGGAUGGAUGAUGAUAUCGGUUAUGUGCAGGGAAUGAAUGACAUAUGCUCUCCAAUGGUAAUUCUUUUUGAAAAUGAAGCAGAUGCAUUUUGGUGUUUCGAGCGUGCAAUGCGAAGACUGAGGGAUAACUUUAGAUGCGAAACAACUUCAAUGGGGGUGCAAUCCCAGCUCAUUACACUUUCACAAGUAAUUAAAACCGUCGAUCCGAAGCUUCAUCAACACCUUGAGGAGCUCGUUGGUGGGGAGUAUUUAUUUGCAUUUUGAAUGCUGAUGGUACUUUCCCGAAGGGAGUUCUCCUUCGUUGAUUCGUUGUAUCUUCAGGAGGUAAUCUGGGCAAUGGAGUAUAACCCUCAUAUUUUCUUGACGUAUGAGACGGCAGAUUCAUCCUCCGAUACCAACACUGCAGUAACAUCAGAUCAGAGGGUGCGGGAAGUUAGAAAGAAAAAACAUGCAGAACGGAUGGUCGGAUAAGAACGGUGCGCUCUCGAUUUUCCUAAUCGCGAGCGUUCUCGAGACCAAGAAUAAACAGAUUCUAAAGGAAGCCAAGGGUAUCGACGACGUUGUCAGCGUACUCUCUCGUUCUCUCCUCCCCGUGUACCUAAAAUCCCAUACACUAAUCCAUCAUGUCUAUGAUUGUGAACGUCGUUUUUUUCGGAUAAUGGGAGAUAUUGUUGGAAACUUGGAUGCCAAGAAAGCACGAGAAAACGCAUUGAAGAUUCAAAACAAGCACUUGAAAAAGGCCAAGAAACCAUAGUUGCAGAUCAUCAAACAUAUCA